AAUGAGCCUUGCUUCCUACUUUGACGUUACAGGACUUGCACCUCCAUCUAACACGCAUGUCUACGACCCAUGAACUUUGGAAAUAGCGGCUACGAAUUGUGCUUUAUGUACUUUUAUUUACAUGGGAAAAUAACUGCAACUUUUACAAUUUGUCGUUUUAAGUGUUUUUAUUUUUACGAUAUCGCUAACCCCCAUUUACAUUACCUUUUGUUCCGCAAUUAGACUAACAAAGCAGUAGACGUCGACAAAAAGUAGUUUCAGUUUCGUUUUUGAGAAGAAAUUGGGAGGACAAGAAGUUGCUACGGCUAGCGACUUGGAUUAUUUUAUCGACAAGAACAUCAGUAUACAGUAUGGACAGAACAGCGAUGCUUACCAGUAAACUUAAAGUCGUUUUCUUGUUAAAUGUUUUGGCAUCAUCGAUUCUAGCAGCAGGUGAUGAAGUAGGCCUAUAUGGAAAGGAUGGAGGAGAAAUCACAUUAACCCCAGACCCAUUCUCUGGCCCACUCGAACGCAUCGUUUGGAUACAUGGGGGUGACAAAGCAAUCGAGUGGGAGGGCGGGCUACCUGAAGCUUAUCGCCAGUUCAGAGGUUCCACAUCUCUGAACAAAAUAACAGGAGAAAUGACGAUCACAAAUUUAGAUUCAAGGUUUAAUGGAGUUUAUUCAUCCGAUGUAAAUGGCAUUCAAGCUACAAAAAAAUGGAAGCUGACGGUACUCGGUGAUGAAGUAUAUGGAAAGAAAGGAGGAGAAAUCACAUUAUCCCCCGGCUCGUUGUCUGGCUCACUCACCCGCAUCGUUUGGAAACAUGGGGGUGACAAAGCAAUCGAGUUGGAGGGCGGGAUAACUGACGCUUAUCGCCAGUUCAAAGGUUCCACAUCUCUGAACAAAAUAACAGGAGAAAUGACGAUCACAAAUUUAGAUUCAACGUUUAAUGGAGUUUAUUCAUCCGAUGUAAAUGGCAUUCAAGCUACAAAAAAAUGGAAGCUGACGGUACUCGGUGAUGAAGUAGGCCUAUAUGGAAAGGAUGGAGGAGAAAUCACAUUAACCCCAGGCCCAUUCUCUGGCCCACUCGAACGCAUCGUUUGGAAACAUGGGGGUGACAAAGCAAUCGAGUGGGAGGGCGGGAUAACUGACGCUUAUCGCCAGUUCAGAGGUUCCACAUCUCUGAACGAAACAACAGGAGAAAUGAGGAUCACAAAUUUAGAUUCAACGUUUAAUGGAGUUUAUUCAUCCGAUGUAAAUGGCAUUCAAGCUACAAAAAAAUGGAAGCUGACGGUACUCGGUGAUGAAGUAGGCCUAUAUGGAAAGGAUGGAGGAGAAAUCACAUUAACCCCAGGCCCAUUCUCUGGCCCACUCGAACGCAUCGUUUGGAAACAUGGGGGUGACAAAGCAAUCGAGUGGGAGGGCGGGAUAACUGACGCUUAUCGCCAGUUCAGAGGUUCCACAUCUCUGAACGAAACAACAGGAGAAAUGAGGAUCACAAAUUUAGAUUCAACGUUUAAUGGAGUUUAUUCAUCCGAUGUAAAUGGCAUUCAAGCUACAAAAAAAUGGAAGCUGACGGUACUCGGUGAUGAAGUAUAUGGAAAGGAUGGAGGAGAAAUCACAUUAACCCCAGACCCAUUCUCUGGCCCACUCUACCGCAUCGUUUGGAACCGUGGGGGUGACAAAGCAAUCGAGUUGGAGGGCGGGAUAACUGACGCUUAUCGCCAGUUCAAAGAUUCCACAUUUCUGGACACAGAAACAGGAGAAAUGACGAUCACAAAAUUAGAUUCAACGUUUAAUGGAGUUUAUUCAUCCGAUGUAAAUGGCAUUCAAGCUACAAAAAAAUGGAAGCUGACGGUACUCGAUCCUGUUUCCAAACCAAUCAUUGAUAUGAAAUGCACUAAAUCCAUGUGCAUAUUGUCCUGUGAGAAUACUGCCACCGUUAAAGUUCAGUGUGCUUGGAGAAAGGGUGAAGAAGAAUUGCGGCAGUCCGAUGGAACCUUGAAACUUGAGAAGACCGAUGACAAGGUUGGAAAAGCUUACAUAUGUAACUGCAGCAACCCUGUGAGCUUUGCUGUGAGUGACCCAGUCGUCCCAUUUCUCCCAGGUGAUGAAGUGUAUGGAAAGAAAGGAGGAGAAAUCACAUUAUCCCCCGGCUCGUUGUCUGGCUCACUCACCCGCAUCGUUUGGAAACAUGGGGAUGACAAAGCAAUCGAGUGGGAUGGCGGGAUAACUGACGCUUUUCGCCAGUUCAAUGGUUCCACAACUGUGAACGAAAAAACAGGAGAAAUGAGGAUCACAAAAUUAAAUUCAACUUUUAAUGGAGUUUAUUCAUCCGAUGUAAAUGGCAUUCAAGCUACAAUAAAAUGGAAGCUGACGGUACUCGGUGAUGAAGUAUAUGGAAAGAAAGGAGGAGAAAUCACAUUAUCCCCCGGCUCGUUGUCUGGCCCACUCGAACGCAUCGUUUGGAAACAUGGGGAUGACAAAGCAAUCGAGUGGGAGGCCGGGCAAACUGUCGCUUAUCGCCAGUUCAAAGGUUCCACAACUCUGGACGCAAAAACAGGAGAAAUGACGAUCACAAAAUUAGAUUCAAGGUUUAUUGGACUUUAUUCAUCCGAUGUAAAUGGCGUUCAAGCUACAAAAAGAUGGACGCUGACGUUACUCGAUCCUGUUUCCAAACCAAUCAUUGUUAAGAACUGCAAUGAAUCCACGUGCGUAUUGACCUGUAAGAGUAAUGCCACCUUUAAAGUUCAGUAUGCUUGGAGAAAGGGUGAAGAAGAAUUGCAGAAGUACGAUAGAACCUUGGAACUUGAGAAGACUGAUGACACGGUUGGAAAAGCUUACAUAUGUAACUUCAGCAACCCUGUGAGCUUUGCUGAGAGUGACCAAGUCGUCCCAUUUCCCCCAGAUCCUGUUUCCAAACCAAUAAUUGUUCUGGAGAACUGCACUGAAUCCAUGUGCGUAUUGACCUGUAAGAGUAAUACCACCUUUAAAGUUCAGUAUGCUUGGAGAAAGGGUGAAGAAGAAUUGCAGAAGUACGAUAGAACCUGGGUACUUGAGAAGACAGAUGACACGGUUGGAAAAGCUUACACAUGUAUCUUCAGCAACCCUGUGAGCUCUGCUGAGAGUGACGAAGUCAUCCCAUUUCCAAAACCUAAACCACUGGUUGAAAUUAUUGUUGGUUUGCUAAGUGGGCUAUUCAUCUUGCUGGGAGUAAUUGCAUUCAUAAAAAGAAAACAACUGAUGAAAUUCGUGCAGACUUGCCGUGGGACGAGAGUUUACUGUUUAGGAAAUUCUGAUGCUGAUAAAGGUGGAGCUAAAGAUCCAGAAGCUGUGCUACUCAAUAAAAAUGCUGCUGGUAAUCAAGAUGGAGCUAAUGAGACAUCAGAAGUUCCUGAAACCCUGGAUAAUACCAGUGAUGACAAAGCUGCGCCACUCAGUAAAUAUGCUGCUGGUAAUCAAGAUGGAGCUAAUGAGACAUCAGAAGCUGAGCCAAUCUAUGAAAAUGCUGCUGGUAAUCAAGAUGGAGCUAAUGAGACAUCAGAAGUUCCUGAAACCCUGGAUAAUACCAUUGAUGACAAAGCUGAGCCAAUCUAUGAAAAUGCUGCUGGUAAUCAAGAUGGAGCUAAUGAGACAUCACAAGCUGAGCCAAUCUAUGGUGAUACUACUAAUGGUCCCAACAGCCCGUAACGGAUGUAACAAGCAGGAGCCACUGAAAGCUGUUGAAGGCCAUAAACAUCGCCAGAUAUGCUUCAGUCCAGCUGCGUAGACUGGAGCUCAACAGCCUUCACCUAAGAUUAAAGACUCUCAGGAUGUCGUCAUGGAUUAAAAUGUCUGUCUACUCGUGUUCUGUUAAAUGUGCUAAAUAGAUCAAGCUAUGUAUUCCCGCUCUCCUCGUUCGUCGCACAUUUUUAAUUUUUUAAUUUUUAAAGACACCUGGGUAAAGAUUCCUUCUGUACCGGAAUGUACCAGUGUUCCCUGGAAUGGGCGCCAGUCUGUUACUCGUUUCAGUUUUAUCUUGUCGGUUGAAACCUGCAGAAUAUGCGACGUGGCAGGAUGAAGGAAAGGUGGGGUAGAAGGACCGCACACGCUCGCGGUCAAACAAAAUGGCAGCUCUGAGCAGUGGCAGAGGGUCUCUCCUGCUGACCUCACCCGUCUGUGAAGGCAUAAAUAGGUAUUGUUAAACCAAGACACCGAUCACAGCUCUUUUCUGAAUGUAACUGCGGAGUACCUUACCGUAGAUCCAUGUUUUAAACAAAGGGCCUGGAAUACGAGUGCAAUACACUUCUGUUUAGGAUGUACACUGAUUUGAGGUUUUGCAGUCCAAUUCAGCACUCUUUAAAAGAGUGCAUGGAAAUAGAUGCUGUGAUUGGCAGUCUCUAAGUAAUUUGUACAUAACUUGUCAAUCAUUAGACUAGGGUAUAUACAGUAAGGCUUCCAUCGGCACAUAACAGCAUUCCACUGAUGGUGUGCCAGCCAGCUGGUGCUUCUGUGUAUUUUCACUUUAUUCAGACGGGGAAAAAACAGAGAGCGCUCUACUAGAACUGGAAACACAGUGUAGGAAGUGGCAGAGCACUGGAAAUCAAGGCUCUGGCAGUAUGGGUGGAGGGUAGAGAGCCAGCUGCCCUGCUCAGAGCACCACACAGGCUUUUAGCUUCAACUGUUGCUAUAAAUGUUGAGCGUGGUUCUUUCCUGAAUGUGGCACCUUCAUACGUGUCCAAAAUGACACCUAUUUUUGCUUUUUUUUUUUUUUUUUUUUUAAAGUUUGAAGAUGCAUAUUCACUGGCAUGUCAACUAUGCUCAAAUGCAUAUUUCCACUGCUUCUGUCAACAUUUGGUGUUAAAAUAAUUCCUCUGUCAAGUCGCAUAAAACUACACAGUGGCUUACCUUUUGCAGUUGUUGAAGUCUGUACAUUGUUCAGUAUAUAAGUAGCUUUACCCAGAAAUACCUUUUUUCUUUUUUUUUGUUCGCACUGAUUGGAAAUGUGGGGAGGAAGCCACUCAUUAUUUAUGAACUCCUGUCAUCUGUCAGGAUUACUUGAGUGACAUUUUUAUGAUUUUUUUUCCUACAGCUUUGGAGAUGUAGGCAGGCACAGAUUGUCGUACUAUAGUAAUAUUUGAGGUGCUGUGCAAAAUAUUUAAAGAAAUGCUAAGCGCUGUAUUUUAUGGAGUAAUCUUAUUACUGCCUGGACUUGUUCUUUCAUUUUAUGGAAUAGUUUCCGUAUUCAUUUAUAUUUUAGCCAUUUUCUACAAUCAUUUAAGGGAUCUUCAGUGGGGCACGUUUCCAUUGAUGCCAUGAACAUGCAGAAUGUUCAGGCAAUACUUGCAGUUCUAUCUUUUUAACCACAGAAUUAGAUUUGGGACACUCACUGUUGUUUUCUGUAUGUAGGAUGCAUGCUUUGGUAGUGUACUGUUCAAAUCAUCUAUAUUGGAUUGUGUCAUAACAUUUUACUGAGUUGGUUUUCAACAUGGUAUUCAGUAAAAUGAAUUCAAUAAAAUGCUCAUUUAUUAAAAUGUGUAUAUGUUGUAUUGUUUACAGGUAUUUGUGAAAUUAUCGCUUCAGGGCUUCUUUGGUCCGUAUGUAUUUUAUAAAACGGGGAAAGACCAGUUAUACACUUCAGUAAUACAGUGCGAAUAUCCAAAAUCACCUUAUUAUUUGUUACUUUUAUACCUGUCAAAGUGUUAUCAAGGAAAACAAGGCAAAUUCUACCCAUCAUGCAACAUUGUUGGAUGUGUAAUAAAACCGGUGCAUCAAUGCAUCGCAAGGCAAACGUCACAAUGCAACUGCAUCAUUGUGAUAUGUAUAAUUUGUAUCGCAAACAUUGUUUAGGCAGAUUGAGGCACUGAAGUUAAAGGCACUUAACAUUGAAAUGUAUACUAUUAUUACAGUGAUUUCUUGAGAGUUAGUGGGGUGGGGGGGAAUCUGUCAAAUCUAAUGUUCACAUUCACAUCGCAGCUAAUGACAUCGUAUUGUGAUUAGUCAUUAAUUGUAUCAUACUGUUAUAAAUUCAGAGAAAUUGUAUUGUUUUUCAGAGUACCACUAUGGUAUUGUCAUCAAGUUGUAUAGUUACGCCCCUAGGUUAUCAGGAACGACCACCCAGGAAAGAUGUGGUGAUGGCGCCAUCUGCUGUCUUCCCAAAAAUAAAUCUAAUAAAUGAAAAUGAAACGUA